CUGAUAAGAUUGAGAAAUUCCAGGAAGGUGAAAAAUUGAUAAUAGUUAUUCAGUUUAAACUUUCUAAAUCCAAUUUCGAAAUAUUGCUUAGAAUGUUCAGUAAAUAUAAUUUUCUCUCCUCAAAUAGUUUAUCCAGUUACGAGAAAGAUCUAUCAAUGUGGUAGUUAAUAGUUGAUUGGUUCGUUUAAAUAAUUCUUAUUCCAUAAACAUCUCUUCUUAUUGGCCUUAUAAAAAAUUUGGUUACUUUAAUUAUUACUCCAAAUUUUUAGUGUCAUUUUUCUGACUUUUAUUUUGUAUAAUAUAAUGGAAUCUACAAAUAUAGAGAUAUUGAAUGAACUUAAAGAAGUGUUUCAGAAUAUUAAAUGUUCAACUGAUAAAGAAAAACCAGCAAACCUAGUGGAUAGUUCUGGGGAAAGUAAAAUUAAUAAAAAUCAAUUAGAAAAUGAAUUUGAAAUUACGGAAGCUAAAUUAGAUGCGAUUUUGACCAAAAUAAAGGAUGAUUCCCCGGAUUACUGUAAAGUAUUGUCGAUGAUUACUUCUAUUUUAUAUGAAAAAGCCAAAAUUUGUCUUAACUCGAACUUAUUCGAUCAGUCUAAAGCGUAUUUAGAAAAAAGUUUGAAUUUAAUUAAUAAUUACAUUGAUAAUCCGCAAGUAACGUUUAUUUAUCUACGAGUGGUAAAUUACCUUUCAUAUGUCGUAUCAAGAAUGGGCGAAUUUGAAAAAGCGAAAAACCUUUUAGAAGUGGUAGUCAAUAAUGAACUAAAAUCUGAUCCUAUAGUUUACAGUACCGAAGACCUAUUUCUAUCCAAUCAAUCAGUAGAGGCUGUUUCAAAAAUCAAAUUGCAAAAGUUACAAAUUAACAAUAUGCAGAUGUUGGGAUGGAUAUACGGCAAAUUGGGAAUGACUAAUAAAUACGCAAGAACGCUUCACAAAAGCCUCCAAGAAGAGUUAAAUAUAAAUGAUGGCGAUCCUGUACAUUGGGCGACGAGGUGCUAUCGUUUAGCGUCUCUUUUUAUCGCUCAGGAUAGAUGGGAAAAUGCUAGAUAUCAUUUGGCUGCAGCUCAAGUUGUUCUUGAUCCUUUAGAAUUGACAACAACUCCGAAUACCAUGCUUUUUAAAGCACAAGGGGAUUUGGCGAGAGUCUGGGUUAACUAUGGUCUUCAACUAUUUGGUCUUAGCAGACGAUCAAUUUUAGAAAAAGUUUGGGAUGAAAACGACGAAGUUAAACGCCAAGAGAAAAAAAUUGAUUCUAACGGUUUUAAAUUCACAGGAAUGGAUAUUCAUUUGCCAGAAGUUCCUACCAAAGAAAUAAACAACAUCCAAGAAGCUCGAGAAUUAUUCACCCACACCCAUAAAUGGUUGAAACGUGCCCGCUUAUUUUAUACCUUAAGAGAUUAUCCUCUGCAAUACGUCAAUAUUAUUUUAGAACUUAGCGAGUUAUACAGAUACCUCGCAUUUUACGAAAAAGAUUUAGAUUCCCAAUACGACGUCAAUAAGAAAAGAUUCGAAACUUUAGAGACGCUGAGUUCCGUUUUAAGAGAAGUCCGACCCAGUUGUUACGCUACAAUGAGUAUCGAAAUUAUCAGAGAAAUCAUGGACGUUCAAGUAGAAAUGAUGAAUCUCAAUUUAAAAAAACUGUACAAUCCAACAGUGGAUUCUUCUUUCAACGAAUCGGAUUUAAAAAAGAGAAUGGAAACCCUCACUGAUAUAAAUUUUAAAAUUAGCCAUCUUUAUAAUAAACAAAAUGAAAGUACUACCGCCUCUCAAAUUCAAGAAGGUAACAAGGAUUUAGUGGCAGGAACGUCGGACAUGAAUGUUGCGGAAGGAAAACAAACUAAAACUGUGAAGUGAAGUGGGGGAAAGAGGCGUAGAUUUCGCUUCUAUAUAAAAAUUGGCUAUGUCAUUUCGAAUUUAAUAAUAUGAAUAAACUAUCAUACUAUAAUGUUAUCUUUAAAUUGAUUUUCUGUAAUUUAAGUAAUAAAAUUGACAUUAGUAAAAAUACGCAUUAGAGAG